CCAAUGUUCUGAGAUCACUUUCUUUUCUCUCCAGGUCUCUCUUUUCUCCAGGAGGAAAAAUGGCGUCUCUUGCAGUUGAUCCACAACCGGUAUGAUUUUUUAAACACACAUCUCUCUCGGCCCUUCCUUUCUCAGUGUUUGAGUCAUUAAUAUCUGUUCAUCUGUGGUUGCAGAGCGUGGUGACCAGGGUGGCCAACUUGCCCUUGGUGAGCUCUGCCUACGACCUGGUGUCCUCCGCUUACGUCAGUACAAAGGAUCAGUAUCCGUAUGUGAGAUCUGUGUGUGAGAUGGCGGAGAAGGGUGUGAAGACGGUCAGCUCCGUGGCUGUGACAAGCGCCCUGCCCGUCAUCCAGAAGCUGGGGCCACAAAUUGCCGUGGCCAACACCUAUGCCUGCAAGGGGCUGGACAGGAUUGAGGAAAGGCUGCCUAUUCUGAACCAGCCCACAACAGAGAUUGUUGCCAAUGCCAAAGAUGCUGUAACUGGGGCGAAAGAUGCGGUGACAACUACCGUGGCUGGGGCCAAGGAUUCUGUAACCAACACAAUCACAGGGAUGGUGGAUAGGACCAAGGAAGCAGUUACUGGUGGCGUGGAAAAGACCAAGUCUGUGGUCAAUGACAGCAUCAACUCGGUUUUGGGGAGUCGGAUGGUGCAGCUCGUAAGCAGUGGAGUAGAAAAUGCACUUACCAAGUCAGAGCUGCUGGUAGACCAGUACCUCCCUCUCACUCAGGAGGAGCUAGAGACGGAAGCAAAAAAGGUGGAAGGAUUUGAUACGGUUCAGAAGCCAAGUUGCUAUGUAAGACUAGGGUCCCUGUCCACGAAGCUCCGCGCCCGGGCCUAUCAGCAGGCUCUCAGCAAGGUUAAAGAUGCCAAGCAGAAAAGCCAGGAGACUAUUUCUCAGCUCCAUUCCACUGUUCAUCUGAUUGAAUUCGCCAGGAAAAAUGUGCACAAUGCCAACCAGAAAAUCCAGGAUGCUCAGGAGAAGCUCUGUGUCUCCUGGGUGGAGUGGAUGAGAAGCAUUGGCUAUGAUGACACUGACGAGUCCCACUGUGUGGAGCACAUCGAGUCACGUACCCUGGCUAUCGCCCGCAACCUGACUCAGCAGCUCCAAACUACGUGCCAGACUCUCCUCUCCAACGUCCAAGGGUUACCACAGAACAUCCAAGAUCAGGCCAGACACUUGGGGGUCAUGGCAGGCGACGUCUACUCGGCAUUCCGCAAUGCUGCCUCCUUUAAGGAAGUGUCUGAUGGCGUCCUGACUUCCAGCAAGGGGCAGCUGCAGAAAAUGAAGGAAUCCUUAGAUGAUGUGAUGGAUUACCUUGUUAACAACACUCCUCUCAACUGGCUGGUAGGUCCCUUUUAUCCUCAGUCUACCGAGUGUCAGAACGCAGAGGCAGACGAGACCAACCCGAAAAUCCAGCAGUCUGAGCUCAAAACUCAGUAAACCUGUCCUUGUCACCAGUGCAUGAUGUGGCCAGUCAGGUGACACCCUCGGCUAAACUGAAUUUAACGCACUAGAUGGCUUUAGAUGGUCAUCCUCAGCUGAGUUAUGGCCAUGCCACAGCUGGUCCUGGCACAUGAGUUCUUUUCACCUGGCUGGUUAGUGGAGCAUGUUAGUUUUGUGAGAGCCUAGCUGGAACUUAAAAGCACAGGUGUACUUAACUGUCUUGACUGUGGCCUUUGUGUUGUUAUCGGCUGUAAACGUCUGUCUGUACUGAAUAAAGAUUCAUUCAUGUGGCCUC